GAAGGUGGCCUUGCGCGCUCCGCGACCGCCGCACCGUCAAGUCCCUCAGCAUCACCGUGCCAGCGAGUGCGCGUGCGUGCGUGCGUCUGUGUGCGUGCAGCAGUGUGUGUGUGUGUGAGUGAGUGUGCGUGUGAGGUUGUUCGGACCACGUGCUCCUGUGACUGUGUGUGAAGAGAGGCCAUGCGGCGGUGUUAGAAAUAUGACAGAGUCUGUCGACAUGCAACUGUCCGAGACGGAGUCUGCGCGACAGGCCGCCCUCAACAACAAUAACAACAACAACAAUAACACUGCCUCGAAGAACAAGUCGCCCGGCAUCCUGAGCAUGCCGUCGUCGAUGGACUGCCUGCCCAGCCUGUCCGCUGGUGGAGAGAUGCUGUCCAACGGCGGCAGCCUCGGCGGCAGCCCACCGUCCGUCGCUGUGGACUCCCCUCCGUCGACGGCCUCCCCCACGGCUCUGCUCUUCAGGGCGUCCUCGCCGCCCCGCGCGCCCAAGCAGCUGGCCGCCAUGAUCACCAAGGCCGCCAGCAAGGCGAUCAAGCCCCUCAACAAGGCCGGCGCCGAGCACCCGCUGCUCUCCCCUGCCCGGCCCAACAAGCCGUCGUCGUCGUCCUCGCCGCCGCCGAAGACGGUGCUCAACGUCCCGGAGCGCGGCGUCCCCGGCACCAUCAAGGCCUCCGUGACGGUGACCCUUAGCAGCCAGAUGCCGUCGCCGCCGCCGUCUCCCGUGUCCCCGGCAUCACCCGCGGCCGCGGCGCCGACCACUCCCGGGGAUGUGGACCCGAGCGCCACAAGUAUCAAGAGGCUCGCCGCCCCGAAGAAGUCCCAGCCCUUCUCGUCCUUCUCCAUCUCCAGCAUCCUGGGCCGUAGCGAGGAGCGCGACGACGGGCGGCCGCGCCAGGAUCACGACGUCCACGGCCUUCAUGCCGCGCACCACUCCGCCGUCUGGUCCAGGUUGGGCCUGAUGCCCGGGCUGGUGGCUGGCCUGGGCCGCCCACCCCUCCAGGGCAUCGGAGGCGGGCCCGUGGGGCACCCGGGACACCCCGCGCACCCGGGCCACCCCGGGCACCCGGUGGGUCAUCCGCACGGCCUAGCAGGGCCCUGGUUCGAGCCGUGGGGGGCGCGCCACGCCGCGCUGCAGCCCAAGGAUGCCCUGCGCGAGCCCCUCAGACGGACCGUCACUGCGCACACCAGCCCCUCGGCAGGCUCCACGGCCGAUGAGAGGUGCAGCAGCCCCGGCCGCAGCCCCGGCCGCUCGCCGUCCAGGUCGCCGCCCCGCUCGCCCGCGCGCUCGCCCCGCUCCGGCAGCCCGCACUCGCCCGCCAGGACGCCCUCGCCCAACUACCAGACCAGCGCGCGACCGCCAACCAGUGCUGCCUCGCUGUUCCACGAGGACUUCCUGCGGAGGACGUCCCCGAUGGUGCUGUCCUUCCGCUACCCGGGCUACCCCUUCCUGCCGCCCAGCCCGCAGCCGCCGUCGCAGCCGCGGCCCUCCGCCAGCCCCGCCUCCAGCCCCACCCCCGGCGGCCACGACGCCAUGCCCCCCGCAGCCCGGCCCGCCAGCCCCGCCUCCGCAGACAUGGACGACGACGACGAGCACAUAGCCAUAGACGACGAUGACGUCAUGGAGGAGGAUGACGACUUUGACGACAAGGGCAGCGGCAGUCAGGGCGACAACGCGAGGGGGAGCUCCGGCUCUGGAGGUGGAAGCAACCUGAAGGCGAGGAAGAAGAAGACGCGCACCGUGUUCUCGCGCUCGCAGGUGUUCCAGCUCGAGUCCACGUUCGACCUCAAGCGCUACCUGUCCUCGUCCGAGCGCGCGGGGCUGGCCGCCUCGCUGCACCUCACCGAGACGCAAGUCAAGAUCUGGUUCCAGAACAGGCGCAACAAGUGGAAGCGGCAGUUGGCCGCCGAGCUGGAGGCCGCCAACAUGGCCAACAUGGCCAGCAUGGCGAACAUGGCCUCCGCCCAUGCGGCGGCCGCGGCCGCUCAGCGGAUCGUGCGGGUCCCCAUCCUGUACCACGAGUCCUCGCCCUCGCACGGCAGCCAGCCGGGCCACCCGUCGCACCCGCUGCACCCUGGGUCGCACCCGCCCCCUCCGCACCUGUCCCACCCCCACCCCUUGGCCCCGCUCGGCUACCACAGACUCGUGGACACGGACUCUUCGGCGGGCGGCCCCGGCCACCCCGGCGGCCACCCCUCCGGACACCCGGGCCACCCCCCGCCCGCGUACCAGGGCUCGCUGUUCUACCAGCCGCCCCAGCCCCCCAAAAGUCUUCCGAGCCCUUCGCCCGUGUACGCCAAGGGGCCAGCCGUCCCCGCCUCCAGCGCGGACUGAACUGCAUCUCAAAAUGUUGGACCUCGUGUCCGACCUGGAGAGGAAAAUGUGCCAUGUCUGAAAAAAGACCACUGCAACUUGUGGCCCCUGUAAUAGGGUUAUAAAUGGUCAAUUUUUGGAAGGAGUUUAAGAUGUCUAUUAUUGUGUAACUUGAUCAGAAAAGAAAUGUUACCUCCUGUCCAGUGAACACAAAGGAGCUGUGAUAUUAAAAUAUUCCUUAUAGUGUCGUUUUUGCUUUAGCUAAAAUUGACUCGUGUUCAAGUCAAGUUAGGCAGUUUUGACUGCCUGUUCCUAAUAAAUUAAAUAAUUAAUUUGAAAGGGUAUUAAUGUGCUUGUAUUGUGCAAUAUGUCAAUAUUAUUUAUGUGAAUCAUUCAUAUGUUAAGUAAUUAUUACUUACAAAAUACUAUGUGAUGAAUUUGUUGUUUUUCUUGUUCUUGUAACGGUGCUGAUCUAAGACGCCCGCCACUUCAUGGAGUCAUUAUCUCAAUAUUAUAUUCUUGUCUUUUGGUUACCAUAUAGCGCCAUUCAUUAGUUUUUACAGAUGUUUAUUCUAUGUCCGAAGUACUCAAAUAUGCGCAGUGCUGUCUGUGUGAUUCGAAUUACA